AUGGUCUUUCGCGCCAGAGGCAUGACCGCCAGCUUUCCGGAUUUCCAGCGGAUGUGGACCAUGCUAGAAGCCCAGGACGUCAUCGGAACCGAAGCUAGGCAGAGGUACAAGCUGGAUCAGACGAGUGUUCCACUGCCAACUGGGACCAUUGACAACCAACUCUUCCAGCACACUUCCAUCCUCAAAGCAUACUUUGCAUUUGCUUUCGAUGAUUUCUAUGCCUUUGUCCUUGCCAUCUACAAGCUACUUCAUGAGAUGAGGGAACAGCCAGCCAUCCGGGGGCGUGUGCUCUCAGAAGAAAUGCUCCGAACGCGCUUCACCGGCGUGUCGGGCGAGGUGAGCUUUGAAGAAAACGGUGACCGAUUGGGACCCUGUGAGCUGGUGAACUUUAAGCCCCAAGCUUCUGUGGCGGCCCUCUUCAGUGCUUCCACUUCGGGCUUUUCUUUUCAAGGCGACCUGAUUUGGAUGGAUGGCUCAGAAUGCCCGAUGCCUCCAGCGCAGCUCUAUGUCCGCUACCCGGGCUCAAACCUUGCCCAAAGGGCAGAAUGUGCCCAGGAGGGACCAGUGCACCAUCUCUGCAAUGUAAGCUUUGCAAAUGCCACGGGCAUGAGAAAUUGUAGUCCUUGUUCCAAAGGCAACUUUGCCCCAGAUGUGGGAUCGGUAGAAUGCCUAGCUUGUUUGCCUGGCUAUGAGGCGCCGAGUGAAGGCAUGGAGGCUUGUAAUCGCUGCGAGUCAGGACGCUACAUGCCGAUAGCGCAAGCCGAGAGAUGUCUGCCCCGCGGUAGGAAUCAGAUCGCUCGAGAGAGUGGUUCCACAGCGCAGUCAGCUUGUGUUUGUGAGGAAGGCUGCUUCAUGUGUGGUGACAGCGAUUGCUGA